CGCACAGAAGGACACUCACUAGCAUGGAGGUUUUGCCAUUGGUUUAAAAAAAAAAUCGCUACACCUCCAUUAGCCUCCUCUCACAAUGAGUUCAGUACCAAGUAUCACAGCAACUUAUAGCGCCGAAACCACAACAGGGACUGCUAAUUCGGCUGAAAAUACCUCAGGGUCCUUGACCUUCGAGACGCCCAUUCUUCUCUCCAAUGACGGCAGUGGUGCUGCUGACGAUUCCGCACAGACCAAGAAGGAGCUAUACUUAGAAGCACUCGCAAAGGCGCUGUCCACUAUCCAAGAAUCCAUCAAUACGAAAUUAACAGAACGUCUAGUCCAGCAGGGUGUCCUCUCAGAGACGACGGACAAAGACCCAAGUGUCAAUACCAAGCUGAGGACAAAAGUCCCUGGUCAACCUAAUAACAGCAAGAAGGGUCAAACUAAAAAGCAACAACAACGGCAGCAACAAGGACAAGAGCAGGAACAAGAACAGGGGCAGGAACAGGAGCAGAGCACGAAGGAAAUUACAAAGGGCAAAGAGCAGAACUCAAAUCCAUCAUCAUCCGAUGCUUCAACCACAGUAACACCUACUCUUGAAGGUGCAUCCAUUUCAUCCGCAACUAUUCCUGUAGCGACACCAUCAGAGGAUGUAGAAAUGAAAGAUGAUAAUCCAUACAGGCCUAAAGGGGGUAUCUAUGGCGAUGAUGACGAGGAGGCGGAACAGCGCGAGAAGGAUGAAGUUGAUUUGGUUAUGGAAGCUGAUCCUGGUGAAGUGGAUGGUGCCUGCUUAGAGCUGCCCAAGGAACAACAGCAGACAAACAAAAAGAGGAAUGACAUGCCCAUUGAUAAUGCGUCACAACUGACAACAGCAAAGAAAUCGAAAGGAUCAGACGAUGAUUAAAUAAAAG